AUGAUCUAUCUAAUAGUCGUAUUUUUAAUAUAGUUUAAUUGUUAAAGGAUAGAAUCAAGGGAUCAAACAUUGUUUUAUAAGAAAUUGAAUGAAAAUGUAAACUUUUAUUGCGAGACUGGUUACAUAGAAGUUGAGGAUGUUACUCACUCAGAAAAUAAAUUAUUUUAUCAUCUUUUUUUAAAGUAAGGAGUAGAGUCCUUAGAACAAGUAAAAAAAGAUGAUACCUUUUUAUUAUGGAUCCCUGGAGGCCCUGGUUCUGCAGCUACGAAAUAUGCAUUUAAAUACACAGGACCUUUCAAAGUGACUGAGGGGAAGUUGAUUUUAUGGGAUUACCUAAUUAAUGAACACUCUCAUGUAUUGUACAUAGAUAUGCCCUUUGGAUCAGGAUUCAGUUAUUCUACAAAGAAAUAUGUAGUAAAUACUACGGAAGAAGCUGCAGAUUAUAUUUUAUAGUUCAUUGAAAUAUUCUUGGAUUCCCACAAGAUUUUCAAACAGAUUAAUUUCCAUGUAGUUGGAAUCAGCUAUGCAGGUCAUUUUGUUCCAAGAAUUGCCACAAAGAUAGCGAAUUCUAAUUUGGAAUUGAAUUUUAGAGGAGUGUUUAUUGGAGGUUCUUGGACUGAAGCAUUAUCACAAUACAGAAAUUAAGCAACAACUUUGAUUUCCUAUGGUCUGAUUGAUUAAUAUCGCUUUGAGUUUAUUAGAAAAAUAGAAGCGAUCUAAUAGAAUCUCAUGAUGGAAGAGAAAUAUUAUGAGGCAGCUACUAGCACAAUUGAUAUAACAUUUGAUUUGGAUUUCUUGGAAUACUUUGAUCCUGAUAAUGUGUAUAAGCAUACUAAUGACCCGAAUGACAACUCUUAUAUCCAAUUUGUAAUUGGAAAUAAGCAACAAUAUGGUAUUCCUUCUAAUAUUGCAUUUAAUCCAUCCAAUUUUACAAUUUUGCAAGCAUUCUAUGCGGAUACUUAUAUGAGUUACUUAAGCGACAUUGAAUAAUUAUUGCAGAAAGGGAAAGUGAUGCUAUAUAAUGGAUAAUUUGAUUAUAAUAUAAGUCCAGCUGGAGUAUAGGUCAUGAUAAAUAAUAUUAGAAGUGAGGUUGUGUAGUAAUGGAAAAAAGAGCACAAGAACCCAUUUUUCUAUAAACAAAAAUAAACUCAAGAGUUAUUGAUAGGGGGGACAGUUAAAUACUACAAAAAUUUCGCAUUUGCUAUUGUAUAUUAAGCUGGCCAUUUAACGCAACUUGAUUAACCUGGAUCGGCCUAUUAAUUGUUAAAAUAUUAUUUAGAUUUCUGA